CUUCCGCUGUUGGGCGUCGAGAAACCGAGCGAGGGUAGCAUGCGCGACAUUGCUUUGCGGGAAUCCUAAGUUGUUAUUGCACCAUUGAUGAGAUCGUGGCUUUUGAUUUGGUGAUUCAUUAAUGCAUCAUGAAGAUAGUUCGAUAAAGCAUCUAGCCUCUGCAUUAGGUCGGGGCAUACCAUGCACAUAUGGUAGUUGAAGUAAACGAUUGUUUGUUCAUCAUUUGCCUGGGCAGGCAUGCUUAUGCCUGUUUGAUUAUGAUUAUAGUUGCUGCUUAUGAAAUUGCUGGGUAGUUCCGGUAAUGGUUCCUUAGGAACAUUGCCAACUUCACGGAUUUACAGUUCAUUGUGGGUUUCCUUCUCUCUUUUUUGUUGUCGAUGGAAAUUCAAAUCGCUGGGUAGUCACAUAAAUGGUUCCAUACGAACACUGCCAACUUCACGGAUUUACAAUUCAUCGUGGGUUUCCUUCUUGUUUUGUAUUGAUGAAAUCACUAGGUAGUCACGUAAAUCGUUCCCCAUGAACAUUGCCAACUUCCGGAUUUACAGUUCAUUGUGGGUUUCCUUCUCUUUUGUGUUGAUGAAAUUGCUGGGUGGUCAUAUAAAUCGUUCCCUAUGAACAUCGCUAACUUCCCAGAUUUACAGUUCAUCGUGGGUUUCCUUCUUUUGUGCAUCGCUGGGUGGUGACAUAAAUGGUUCCAUACGAACAUUGCCAACUUCACGGAUUUACAGUUCAUCGUGGUUUCCUUCCUUUUCUUGUUGAUGGAAUCGUCGGGUAAUCACAUAAACGGUUCCAUACGAACAUUGCCAACUUCACGGAUUUACAGUUCAUCGUGGUUUCCUUCCUUUUCUUGUUGAUGGAAUCAUUGGGUUAUCACAUAAAUGGUUCCCUACGAACAUUGCCAACUUCACGGAUUUACAGUUCAUCGUGGGUUUCCUUCUUUUUUUGUGGCAUUGGCUCCCAAAACUGAUUAACCUAAAACUUUUGUUGCAUGGAUACUUCUAUGAAUCUGUCAUUCCCAAACGGCAUAUGUCUGGAUGUUCCCUAACGGCAUAUGUGGGGAUAGAGGACUACUAGUUUUCCUUCUUUAUCUUUUUAAAAUAUGGGGAUACUUGGGGGUAUUUUUGGCUAAAAACAUUCCAAUAAGAGGCCAUUUCAGGCCCAAAGCAAACUAUCCCUUUGCCUCAAACCCUAGUCAAGCAUAUCAGUUCGGAGCUCACCGCCGCCGCCGCCGCCUGCAGCUGUCGCUGCCGCUCCACGGCUCCACCAGCCGUCGUUUGCCUCUUCUGGACACCUCCCACGCCGCUUCUUUCGGUGCUAUUUCAUAGUUACUCAACAUUGAUUAUGCUUGGUGGAUGAGGAUGCCACAAUAAAGAAGGUGGGGGUUUGAUAAGGUUCUUGAAGCUGUCCAGUGAGGGUUUAGAGUUGUUGUCUUUGAAGACUAUAACCCAUGUUAGUGAAUAAAUUGAAAAGGGAAGGUGGCUGGUGAACUUGAGUUAAGACAUGUCCAAAUCUACUCCUGUUAAAGCAAGCAAGAAUUCUGAAUUGAAGAAAUCUGCAGCCAUCUUAACAAUAGCAAAUGGCCAUGCUUGUAAGAAGGAUGCAAUUGGUGGAGAGCAUCCUGUCCAUGACAUCAAGUCCACUGGCACUUGGAUCUGUAGAAAUUUGGCCUGUAAAGCUGUUGUAACAGCUGAAGAUUCUUUCUGCAAGAGGUGCUCAUGUUGUAUUUGCCAUCAGUUUGAUGACAAUAAAGAUCCUAGUCUAUGGUUGGUUUGUGCAUCUGAGAAUGAUGACAAACAGUGCUGUGGUUCUUCUUGCCAUAUCGAGUGUGCCCUCCAACAAAAGCGGGUGGGAUGCUUUGAUCUUCAAAAAAUUAUUCAUCUUGAUGGAAGUUAUUCAUGUGCUUCAUGUGGGAAGAUAUCUGGGAUACUAGGUUAUUGGAAAAGGCAAUUAGUGAUUGCAAAGCAGGCUCGCCGAGUUGAUAUACUCUGCCACCGCAUCUAUGUGAGUUAUCAGUUGUUGGAGGGUACGAGCUGUCAUACAGAAUUGCAUAACAUUAUUCAAGAUGCAAAAGCAAAACUCGAAUGUGAGGUCGGUCCACUUGAUGGAAUGUCGGCAAAGAUGGCACGUGGUAUCGUAAGCAGGUUAUCUGGUGGUAGUAACAUACUGAAACUUUGCUCUCUGGCGAUUCAAAAAGUUGAUGAGUUGUUGAGUUCUCCAUCUCCAGGCUUGCAUCUUCGAGGUUCAUUACCAGCUGCGUGCAGAUUCAACUUCGUAGAUAUUACAUCGUCUUCCCUUGUUAUCAUCUUAAAAGAAACUAAGUUGGCAUCAUCGGACACCAUCAAAGGUUAUAAGCUAUGGUACUGGAAGAGCAGAGAGCAACCAAGCAUGGAUGAGCCUGUUAUUUUGUCAAGAGAUCAAAGAAAAGUACUUGUUUAUAACCUCGCCACAUGCACAGAAUAUUCCUUCAGAAUCAUAUCAUUCACAGAUGCUGAUGCAACCAUUGGGCAUUCCGAGUCUAAAUGUUAUACUGCGAGCAAGGAGGUAUUUGUCAAAUCUGUGACCCAGAAGGCCACGCAAAUAUGCCCGCAGACGCAGAUAACGGAUAGGAGCCAGGCUUGUAUGUCCACUGGAUUUAGGAUCCGAGAUGCUGGGAAGAUCUUGCGGCGAGCUUGGGCUGAAGAAGGCUGUUUUGAGGAUAUGUACGAAGGUUCAUGUGACAUAAGUGCCACAGAAGCAGACCAGGCAGAGAACAGUGAACAGGGUCAUUUCUUAUCUGGUGCAUGUCGCAAACUUCAGUUCAAUGCAUUUUCUGUCCCAGACCUAAAUGCACCCAUGCCCAUGGACAUAGACUCUUCCCCUGAGAAGAGCUAUGAUUUAAAUAACAGACUUUUAAGAUCAAAUGACAGUGGUGGCUCAGAGGCUUGCGAGGCAGUCAGGAGCGCGGAGCCGGCUGCUGUUGAAUCUCGACCAGGAGGCAAGGCAAAGCAGCCCAAUGGUGCUCAGAAUGAAAGCUGUGAGCAGGAUGGAGUUUCAGCCAUCUGCCGCCAAAAGCAACUUCUGAAAAGGCCUAGAGUGCUGGAUGAGGAUUAUGAGUAUUGUGUGAAGGUGAUACGGUGGCUGGAGUGUGACGGGCACAUAGAGACUGAUUUCAGAUUGAAGUUUUUGACUUGGCUGAGUCUAAGAUCGACUGAGAAUGAGCAUAGGGUUGUGAACACAUUCAUCAAAACACUAAUCAAAGAACCAAGCAGUCUGGCUGAGCAGCUUGUUGAUUCUUUCGGAGAGAUGAUAAACUGCAAGAGACCAAAAGUAGGUUUCGGCAGUGAGCUAUGGCAUUUGGACAAACAAUAACAAUUCAAGAGUUCGCUAACUCAUUGGUAUUCUAUAGUUUUUCCGAUCAAGGGCAGUGAAUUCCGGUUGCUUCUAUCGCCCAUAAUGAGAAUAUAAACUUGAUAAUCAUCGCAUCGACCCAGCCGUCAGAUUAUUAUCAUACCUUAUAAGUUCAGAUCAGACCGUGCACAAUUUUCUUGAGAGUCAUCAUUUCGACCCGUCGCCAGAUUACCAUACCUUAUAAGUUCAGAUCGGAACAUGCACAAUUUUCUUGAGUCGUCAUUCGAGCCUAUGGGAAUAGGAUAUUUGAUUUACUUAGAAAUUCCUAUCUUCUUGAUUCUACUUAGGAAAAUCAUUUUAGGCGGAAAAUAUAUUGCAUUGAAAGAUUCCUGUUCCACCUGGAAGUAGUGGAAACAAUUUUAUAUUCUCAUUGGUUUAGUACUCUAUAUUCUGUCAGAGCCCUGGAAAAAUCUUAUAUGAUGUCAUGUAUGGCUUACAUCUACUUGGUACCUCUUUUUCAGUAUGGAUGAUUUUUUGGUA